AUGACAUCAAACAACGAACAACUGCUGCAGUUCGAACAAACAAACAAGCCAACACGAACACCAGCCGGAUGUACAACACCGCUUGAGGUGGUAACUAGAGUAAGACAAGGGGUAGUGGCAGGACCCUUCCUGUUCAAUUUCACUAUCGAGCACAUUAUGCGAAGAACAAUAGAUCAGUGUCCUGCCGAUAUCAUUCUAACACCAUCAGGACACCCCCUGACCUAUCUCGAGUACGCCUACGAUGUUGUUAUAUUCGCGGAAAGCAAUAUGAAACUUCAACAUGUUGUCAACUUUAUAUCGAAGCUGGCUGAAGCCUAUAGAUUACGUCUACGCCCUGAUAAAUGCAAGUAG